AAAUAAUUUGAGCAAGUAGUCCAUUAUGUCGAGUGCCCUGCCCCUCAACCCUAAACCCUUUCUCAGUGGACUCACUGGUAAACCUGUAAUGGUUAAGCUGAAGUGGGGUAUGGAAUACAAAGGCUACCUGAUAUCUGUAGACAGUUACAUGAACCUCAAUCUAGCUAAUACCGAGGAGUAUAUUGACGGAGUUUUGGCGGGAAACCUCGGAGAGGUCCUUAUCAGGUGUAACAACGUGUUGUAUGUAAGAGGUGUGGAGGAGGAAGGAGCUGCUGCCGAGAUCAUGGCUUAACGCACCACAACUUUUUAACUUUUUAUCUUAUAUUUUAUCAGGCUCUUUUAAUAUCAAACCUGGUGAUUAUGAGUGAUGAUGUAUUUUAUUUGCAUCAUCGUGAUAUUUAUUUGUAUUUCCAGACUAACUUAUUUUCUUAUGAUGAGCAGAUUAUAGUACGAUCUAUAUUAAAAGCUUUGUGCUGGAAUGUUGAAUUUUAUUAAUAUCAAAUGUAUCUAAAUGAUAUCACAAUUGGUACCAUCCA